AUAGUUCAAGAACAGCACAAUGUGAAAUAGGUCACAGUGUGUUUGCAGACAGACGACUUACAGUUGUAGAUUCUCCAGGCUGGUUUUACAUCCACACCCUUCAGGACACCAGUGAGAUGGACAAACUAGAAAUAGAGAAUAGUUUGUAUAUGUGUCCUCCAGGACCACAUGCAGUUCUCCUUGUCAUUGAGCUUGGAACUGCAGUUAAUCCAAAGUACCAGAGAUCAGUUCAGGAUCACAUGAGUCUGUUUGGAGAUGAUGUUUGGAAACACACAAUCAUUCUGUUUACAAGAGGAGACUUUCUUGGAGUGAAGACUGUAGAGGAGAGGAUAGAGAGUGAUGAAGGGCUGCAGUGGCUGGUGAACAAAUGUGAGAACAGAUAUCAUGUCCUGAACAACCUGGAGCCCAAUAAUAGAGAACAAGUAAAGGUUCUCCUGGAGAAGAUUGAGGAGAUGUGGGCAGAAAAUGAUGAUCCUUAUUAUGAAGUCGACCAGAGAAGAGCAGCAGAAAUGGAGACUCUGAGAGAGGAUGCAGACAAAAGAGCCAAAAAGAUGAAGAAGAUCAUUGAAAGACAGUCAAGAGUACUGAAAGAAAUCUUUAAAGAGGAGAGACAGUCACUCAGUGAGAUCAGAGUUGUUCUGUUGGGUUGGAAAGGAUCAGGAAAAAGUGCUGCAGGAAAUCGGAUUCUGUUCAUGGAAACAUUUGAAGAAGGAUUUUACACAUCUGGUAUUAAUGAGGACAAAGAAGAUCAAAGAGUUUCUGUGAAACAUCAAAGAGAUUUUGUUGGAGUUAAAGUCUCAGUUGUUGAGGCUCCAGGCUGGUACAAAGACACAAAAGCUCCUGACUGGCUCAAACAUGAAGUUCAUCGUAGUGUUUCCAUGUGUGAUCCGGGGCCUCACGCUUUUCUCCUGGUUGUUCCUGUUUGUAAAUCAUUCACUGAAAAAGAUCUCAGAGAAUUUGUUAAGGUCCUGAAGCCCUUCACUGAGAAAGUGUGGGCACACUGCAUGGUUCUGUUCACAUGGGGACAAUGGCUCAGUAAACACUCAAUAGAGGAUCACAUUGUCAGAGAAGGAAAAGCUCUUCAGGAGUUGUUGACAAAAUGUGAUAACAGAUACCAUGUUUUCUGCUUGGAUUAUUCUGAUAUUCCUGCACAGACAAACAAAAAAGGCAAUUAUCUUUACCCCAGCUAA